AUGAAGGGACGUCAAGGAGAGAGAGUUAGAUUGUAUGUUCGAGGAACUGUCCUCGGUUACAAGAGGUCGAAGUCGAACCAAUACCCCAACACUUCUCUCGUCCAGAUUGAAGGUGUGAACACCACAGAGGAGGUUGCUUGGUACAAGGGAAAGCGUAUGGCUUACAUCUACAAAGCAAAGACAAAGAAGAAUGGUUCGCACUACCGUUGCAUUUGGGGAAAAGUUGCUAGGCCUCAUGGUAACAGUGGCGUUGUUCGCGCUAAGUUCACUUCAAAUCUACCACCAAAGUCCAUGGGUGCUAAAGUCAGAGUCUUCAUGUACCCAAGCAACAUAUGA